GCCUCCCACGGGCGCACGCUGGCCUCGGGUUGGGGAGGUAGAACAGAGUGAGUAACUAAACUGGGAGACGAAGGCUAGAGGGCUAACCGCUCCGGCUUCCCAGACCUCGCACCCCAGUCGAGUAAGGGUGCUUCUCCUCUAAAAAACAACAAAACGCUGCCCCUGCGAGCGCCCUCCAACGCCUCCAGCGGGGUUACGGAGGCUGCUUCAGGGGCCAUUGACAGGCUGCGUCUACAGAGGCGCGGAGCUGCCCGUGCGCGCUGUCUUCUGGACUGAUUGACCCAAGGGGACUGAGUGCGCGGGCUGGGGGAGUCGAGUGAGCGGGACUGGCUGGGCGCCCUGCCCGACCUUCGCGCUCCGCCGGUGCCUUGGAGAACAGGCUCGCCUCGGGUCUGGUGCGGAGGAACGGUGUUGGUCCGGGGGAGCGCGGCCUGUGGGGCUGCGGGACUGCUCCCCAGCACUUGGGGCUUUGCUGAGGAACCGAUGCGCCGCAGAUUCCCGAGAUUACCCAACCACUUCUGCGGACAGGGAUAAACCGGGGCAAACCUGGCCCAGGUGGCCAGAGCCGCGUCAGUGCUGGGCUGAGGAGAAAGAGUGGACAAGUGCUGGGCUAGCAAGGGAGGGAGGGAACAUUGUAGGACGCUGCCCCUGAUCCGGCUAGCGGCCGAGUGCUGACAGGCGCCAGGUGCGGAAACCUUCCUGCGCCCGGAGACUGCUGAGGACAGAGAGGUCAGAGCGGGCUGAGUCCGCACCCGCUGCCGGAGGAGGACCGGCACAUUUAAGGUACAAGGAAAUGCUAGAUCUGGUGAUCUCACCCAGUCUGACUGUAAACAGCCAUUCCUCUGAUAGACUGACGCCUAAUCUUUCUGACAUUGGUACCGUGUCUCCUCAUGACAUAGGAGGCAACUUCAAACAAGCUUUAGACAUUGUUCCUCCACUCUUCUCACGACGUUAUCCUCAUAUAGUAUCUGUCCAGUCUCUCCCCACCAUGGCAGCCUAUGGACAGACCCAGUACAGUACAGGGAUCCAGCAGUCCACGGCUUAUUCACCAUACCCUCCUCCAGCGCAAGCCUAUGGAAUACCCUCCUACAGUAUCAAAACAGAAGACAGUUUGAACCAUUCCCCUGGCCAGAGUGGAUUCCUCAGCUACGGCUCAAGUUUUGGAACGCCACCCACAGGACAGACCCCUUACACCUACCAGAUGCACGGUGCCUCAGGGAUUUAUCAAGGGGCAAAUGGCUUAACCAACUCAGCAGGAUUUGGAACCAUGCAUCAGGAAUAUCCAUCCUACCCAGGCUUUACUCAGAGCCAAUACUCCCAGUAUUACAGCUCUUCCUACAACUCUCCAUACGUGUCUGCCAACAGCAUCAGUCCUUCACCUCUUUCCACAUCCACAUAUGCACUUCAGGAGUCUUCACACAAUGUUACCAGUCAGAGCUCAGAGUCACUUUCUGUACUAGAAUACAGUACACACAAUGGACCUUCAACACCAGCAAAGGAUGGAGACACAGACAGGCAACAUCGGGGCUCUGAUGGGAAGCUUCGUGGCCGAUCAAAACGAAGUAAUGACCCCUCCCCUACAGUGGAUAAUGAAAUUGAGCGUGUGUUCGUGUGGGACUUGGAUGAGACAAUAAUUAUUUUUCACUCCUUACUCACGGGAACUUUUGCAUCUCGGUAUGGAAAGGAUACCACCACUUCAGUGAGGAUCGGCCUGAUGAUGGAAGAGAUGAUCUUCAACCUUGCAGAUACACAUCUGUUUUUUAAUGACCUGGAGGACUGUGACCAGAUCCAUGUUGAUGAUGUCUCGUCGGAUGACAAUGGCCAGGAUUUGAGUACAUAUAACUUCUCAGCAGACGGUUUUCAUAGUUCAGCGGCAGGGGCCAACCUGUGUUUGGGCUCUGGAGUUCAUGGGGGAGUCGACUGGAUGAGAAAGUUGGCAUUCCGCUAUCGACGAGUGAAGGAGAUGUACAACACAUACAAGAACAAUGUUGGAGGUUUGAUAGGAGCUCCCAAGAGAGAAACUUGGCUACAGCUAAGAGCAGAGCUUGAGGCCUUGACAGACCUCUGGUUGACACAUGCCCUCAAGGCACUGAAUUUAAUACAUUCCCGGCCUAAUUGUGUCAAUGUGCUGGUUACCACCACUCAGCUCAUCCCUGCCCUAGCUAAAGUCUUGCUGUAUGGAUUGGGCACAGUCUUUCCUAUCGAGAACAUCUACAGUGCAACCAAGACAGGAAAGGAGAGCUGUUUUGAAAGGAUAAUGCAGAGGUUUGGAAGAAAAGCAGUCUACAUUGUAAUAGGAGACGGUGUGGAAGAAGAGCAAGGAGCCAAGAAGCACAACAUGCCCUUUUGGAGAAUUUCCUGCCAUGCGGACUUGGAGGCCCUGAGGCAUGCCCUGGAGCUGGAGUACUUAUAGCAGAGCCACAGGGAGGUCCUACCCCGGAGUGGCCCUGAGCUUGGCUGCACAGUUCCCGCCCAUGACCCUGCACAGUCCAGCUCUCUUUUCUUCCUGCCUCCCCACUUCAGACUUUGAGGAUUUGGAAGGAACAGAGACUGAGCAGUUGCCCUGCAGUGGGGACCACUUCCUUGGGAGCCAAGGACCUCUGAUAGGAGGAAACAAAGCUACAUCUCAAAGGUUGAACUGGGAGCCCUCCAAGAGGCCGCUGGGGAGGAUCUAACUUUGGGGAUGAAGAUGGAAGUGAAAGGCAGGGAUGUGGCCCAAAACUGAUAGGGGCUUAAUGGACCGGGACCUUCUGCAGGACUCACUGAAGGGAAGCAAGAAAUCAUUGAUAUGAGGAGGAGCAGGCAGGCUAUUUUUUUUUUUAAUUUAUGAACUAAUCUCAUUACUCUGGUAUUAUGCUCUCAUACCUGUGAUGGCGGAUUUCUUUGUUGCUGGUUUUGUUUUUUAAACUCUCUUUGGGAUGGGGUUAGGGAGGGAGUGGGGACUUACAGAUCUAACUUAAAGAGAUCUCUUCUUCAAGUUGUACUCUGAGGGACAAUCACACUUUGUAAAUUAGUAAGUGAGGACAUUCAGGGUCAUCAAGAAGACCUAGAGCUUAUUUUUGUUCUUGGAAAAGUCUCCUGAUGACGUGUGAACAGUGCACGGUGCCUUAUGUGGCCAUUUUGUUUUGGGGUUUGGGGGAGAGGAAAAAGGUGAGGGGAAGCUGUACCAUGUGAGACUGAAUGACAUUGAAUAAAACCACGUUUACAUUUUGAGGUAAGAGUAACCACUUUAUUCCUUCUUCGGGCUUGAAGUUUUAGGGGAGCAGAGAUCCUUAAGAACCCCAAGACCUGUCUGACUUCUGCUGAUCUACAGGGGGGCCCAGGAGGACCUAGAUCUAUAUUAAAAGGCUGGAGGUAGCACCUCAUUGGCAUUAAUCACAGGAAAGAGUGACCAGUUGACUAAUACUCAGGUACUCAGGAAACAAGAGCAUGUAGCUGUAAGCCUAGAGAGAAAAAGGGUAUAGACCCUUUGAUAGACCACGUGCUAAUACUCUGACACAAGGAUUCACUGGUUCAGAUGUUUUGUUUUGUUUUCCAAAUAAACUUGGGGGUUUUCACUUGGGCAGUUGACCAGGAUUGGCUGAGGAGAGGGGAGCAAUAAAAAAAAGAGUCAACCACGAUAAGAUUAGGGAGCAGGACACAAGGUGCUUGAGAGCCAUUGUCCUCCCCUUUCUCUUUCCUCUCCCUCAUCCUAUCACCAGAAUCAACUCUCUGUGAAGAUUUGGUUGUUUAUUCAGUGCUUUGAAUGACUAAGAGAGCAGUUUGCAUUUUCAUAGUGGCAAAAUUUAGUUUAUCUGCCUAGGAGAUGGGGACUGGCCUGGUGAUUUUAUCUGAGUCAGGGGGUCUUGAGUAAGAUACUCUCUCAAUGCAAGUCACCAUCUCCUCUGAAAUUUUAGGUUGCCUUGAAUACUGAAAAGUUAAAUAACUUGCCUGUGGUCAGUAUGUCAGAGAACUUUCUGACUCUGUGGGAGGCCUCCCAUCCACUGCCAAUGAAAUGUAGCUCUAAAGUAAGGUGGAAUUUGAGACAUGGGAAAGGGCACAUUUGUAGGAAAGGGAUAGAUGAGUUUCCCCCUUCGCCAUGAAAUUAUGAGCUAGCCGUCUAAUCCCCCUCUUUAACUCAGGCAAAGGCCUAUGAAGGCCAAAUCUAAUUUACUGUGAAAUAGGUAUCAUUCCCAAAGGCUUGAUGACAGAUACCUGAAGCAGCCUCUCUAAAAGGGCUCUUUGCACUUCACCCAGGUUAGUUAUUAGCAAGGCUUUGCACAUCUCUAGUUGUCUUGUCCACAUUUCUUUGAUGAAACAAAAGGAGGAGUACUAUGGUACGGGAGCAAGGAGGUAAUUGGGCUUGGGGGAAAGAUUGGCAAGGAAGAUAAUGGCUCCUGCCUAGGAGUCUGAGAGAGGCUGCCCCUGAUUGGUUGGUUAGUUGUCCCUCUUUCUCAAAGACAACAGUGACAUUACUGUGUUAGAGUCAUGGCUGAUCAGACCAAUACCAGCUCAGAAUGCUCUGCGCAGGCCCCACACAAACACUCCAUGUGAACAUCUGGGGGGCGCUUCUCCAACUUUGUGCAUCUUGGGUUUCUUCUGAGCUAAUCCAGGUCUGCUUUGCUCAUAGAGCACAGCACCUUCCCUGAUGAGAACCCUGGGAAGGACAGCAUAGCCCAGCGAUCCCAGCAGCUCCCCUUUCUCUCUGUAGUGAUUCCUGGUCACCCAACAGGUGGGGUCAGUGUACUAUCUUCCUUUUGCAUCAG